AUGCCGGUCAAUCAAACUCCACCAAAAGGUGGAGGCGAGUCAAAUCACGAGCAACAAUCACAACAAGAACAACAACAACAGCAUAAAACACACCAACAACUACAACUGCAAGAAAAACCACUGCAAACCCAACACAAACAACCACAACAGAACCAGCAAAUAGAGAAACAACAAAUGCAGCAAGAGUACCACAUAAAACUCCAACAAUCAAACCAUCAUCAACACAAUUCACCAUCAAAACUCAUUCAGAAUUUGGAAAACUCACCAGAAACUGCAUUAUUAACACCAGAACUGCAAACACAACUGAAGAUGCAACCACAAACAAAAACAAUGGCUUCAACACGCCAGUAG